AUGUCGAGCUAUCCAAAAUUUCUGUACACCUCUGAAUCGGUUGGGAAGGGCCACCCCGAUAAACUGUGUGACCAAAUCGCAGAUAGGAUUUUGGACACAUAUCUAUCAAAGGAUCCGUCGGCCAAGGUGGCAGUAGAAUGCAUCGUUACGCAGAACAUGGUGUGUGUGUUCGGUGAGGUGAACAGCGGUGCUAAGAUUAACACGAAGGCGUGUGUGGUCGAUGUGAUCAGAGAGGCUGGCUACGACAAUGCGAGCACGGGAAUGGAUUACAGGACAGCGCUCGUCAUAGAGAACAUCGCAGCACAGAGCGAUGAUAUAAGGAGUGCGGUGGAAAAGACCGAGCUGAACGGCAGCCUGCUGGAUAGUUACGAUAAGAUUGGUGCCGGUGACCAGGGAAUAAUGUUCGGGUAUGCGACGAACGAGACAGAAGAGAGAAUACCGCUUACGCUGUUGCUGGCCAACAGGAUAGUCGAGGAAAUUGAGAAUUUGAGGAAAACGUACGAAUUCAUCAAAUCAGAUUGCAAGUCGCAGGUAACGAUUGAGUACGAAAACAGGAAUAACGAGCUGGUCCCGCUGAGGAUAGACAAUGUUGUGCUCUCGGUGCAGCAUGAUGUAGAUCUGCAGAGAUGGACAGAUGUAAUGAGUGGAUGCGUUUACGACACAUCUGAAUGUUCCAGCGGUACGGAACAACCAUUCGAGCUGUUCAGAAAGUUUCUGCACAAAAAAAUCUGUGCUAUACUACCGGAGGACCUGGCAAGAUCAACAAAGUAUCACAUUCUGCCGUCUGGCAAGUUUGUAAUUGGUGGGCCUAAGGGGGACAGCGGUCUUACAGGGCGUAAAACAAUCGUUGACACGUAUGGGGGGUUUGGUCUGCAUGGAGGAGGGUCUUUCAGCGGGAAGGACUGGACAAAGGUUGACCGUUCGGGUGCAUAUGCAGCAAGAUGGAUUGCAAAGUCGCUUGUGGACAAUAAUAUCUGCAAGCGUGCGCUUGUGCAGAUAUCGUACGCGAUUGGAAUGGUUUCGCCUGUCUCUUGCUAUGUAGACACGUACGGAACAGGAGUUAUUGACAAUGAGAAGAUCAUAGAAAUAAUCAAUGGGAAUUUUGACCUGCGACCAAAAGCUAUCUGUGCGGCUUUGGGCCUGGACAAGCCUAUCUACAGCGGAUUGUCAGUGUACGGACAUUUUGGAAAGAAAGGCUACAAGUGGGAGGAGAGCAAGGAUUUAAAAUUUUAAGUUUCGCUAUUUAAUUAAAUUUGAGGUAAACA